AAUUUUAGACACUCAUAAACAGAUCUUUUCACAUCCUAUGCCCGGAUGUAUUUUUUCCGAGUAACUAAAACAAGUUACUCCCUACACUCACCCACACUCAUCAAGACCCCUUGAAUUUUCUCGGUGGAAUACGUUAGCGAGAAACCUCUCUUGAGGUCCUACGAUUCUUUCCCCUCCAUUUUGAUCCAAAGUAUUUUGGCAUUACAAUUCUUGAUAUUUAAAAAGUACUUCAUAUCUACCAUAUACCUUCUCGUCUGAACCGAACACCAGCAAGAGUUUGGUCGCUCCAAUUAAUACUGGGCACUGGCGGUUCCCGAACAAGCAAGGCUCACUGAGUAGUGGCGGUUCUGCAGUUUCCGAUCAAAAUGAAGCCCUCCAAAUCUCCAAUUCUUCAAUCUCCUAUCUGGCUUCUAGUUGUUGUUCUUUCGCCUGUAAUCUCCUCCGCAAAAAUUCGACUUCCUUCCAGUUCCAGCGUUCGGUCGCCGUUCGCGGAGAAGCUGAUCCGGGAGCUGAAUCUGUUCCCCAAUGAGUCUGUCAACAUCGUCGAUCGGAUCUCUUCCUCCGCCGCGUCCCGGAGUCCGAGGAUCGUUGAGAAGCGGUUCACUUUCCCCAACUUGGCCGGCGACUCCGGCGCUUCCGUUGAGGAUUUUGGUCACCAUGCCGGUUACUACAAGAUUCAACACUCUUAUGCCGCUAAUAUGUUCUACUUUUUCUUUGAAUCCCGGGAAAGCAAGAAUGACCCUGUUGUUAUCUGGUUAACUGGAGGGCCAGGAUGCAGCAGUGAGUUGGCACUUUUCUAUGAGAAUGGGCCUUUCAAGAUAGCAAAUAAUUUGUCACUUGUAUGGAAUGAAUAUGGUUGGGACAAGGCUUCAAACCUUAUAUUUGUUGAUCAACCUACUGGAACUGGCUUCAGUUACUCCUCUGACAGUCGUGAUAUCCGCCACAGUGAAGAUGGUGUUAGCAAUGACCUGUAUGACUUUUUGCAGGCAUUCUUUACCGAGCAUUCAGAGUAUGCCAAGAAUGACUUCUACAUAACUGGAGAGUCGUAUGCUGGGCAUUAUAUACCUGCUUUUGCUGCAAGAGUCCACAAGGGAAACAAGGCUAAUGAAGGAAUUCAAAUAAAUCUUAAGGGAUUUGCCAUAGGUAAUGGCCUUACUGAUCCAGCAAUCCAAUACAAUGCUUACCCUGAUUAUGCAUUGGACAUGGGCAUAAUUUCUGAGUCUUACCAUAAAAGCUUGGUCAAGGUGCUUCCACUUUGUGAGGCAGCAAUAAAGCUAUGUGGAACUCAUGGGACGGUCAGUUGCGUAGCUGCCUACUAUGUUUGCGAAGGCAUUUUCGAAGCAAUCAUCACACAUGCUGGUGGUAUCAAUUACUAUGAUAUCAGGAAACAGUGCGAGGGAAGUCUCUGCUAUGACUUCUCAAACAUGGAGAAAUUUCUAGCUGAGAAGUCUGUUAAAGAUGCUCUUGGGGUUGGGGAUAUAGAGUUUGUAUCAUGUAGCACUGCAGUGUACCAGGCCAUGCUUGUGGACUGGAUGAGAAAUCUUGAAGUAGGCAUUCCCGCGUUGCUUGAGGAUGGAAUACAUAUGCUCAUAUAUGCCGGAGAGUACGACCUUAUUUGCAACUGGCUUGGUAAUUGGAGAUGGGUGAAUGCCAUGGAAUGGAAGGGGCAAAAGGAGUUUGCGGCAUCCUCACAAGUACCAUUUGAAGUUGAUGGAUCAGAAGCGGGAUUGCUCCAAAGCCACGGGCCUCUCAGUUUCCUCAAGGUGCAUGACGCGGGGCACAUGGUUCCAAUGGACCAGCCUAAAGCUGCACUGGAGAUGCUGAGGAGGUGGAUGGCCGGCAUGCUCUCUGAGACUAAUAUGACCAUACCCCAAACCUUAGUCUCCUCCAUUUGAGCUCUGGGGAGCACUUCCUGGCUUGCAGAUAUGUAACCCCCCCUGCCCCUGGUCCCCCGGGGGCGGGGGGGGGGGGGGGGGGGAGGAACACUUUGCUUGUAACUAAAGACUCUUUUGUUGUACCUAAUGAAAUUAGAGAUGCGACUGUGUGGAAUUUUAGUUAUCAAGUUGUUGAAGUAAAUGAAAAGAUAGCUAAUAG